AUGUUCAUGACCAAUAUAACUAUCUUUCUCACAAUCGCAGAGGUGGAUGUAGCUGAUUCUGGUCUGUACUUCUGUGGAAUGUCGGAUAACUAUUUCAUCUUCACCAACGCGACUGUCCUGAAGGUCCAAGGAGAGGAAGAUGGAACCAUGAGCCUCUUCCUAUUGGUUGUGAUCCUGGGUGUUGUAACUGCUGUUCUAUUGAUAAUCAUCCUCAUCCUGGUCCUCAAGGUCAGAAGAGAUGCAAACAGACUAAACACAGGACCUGACUCGCAACGACAACCACAAAAUGAUCAGAACCAAGAUCCUGAUGCACUGAAUUAUGCCACCCUGAAUUUCACCUCCAAGAAAAAGAAGAGGGAGAGAAGAAGAGAGAAGGAGCUAGACCCCCAUGUAGUGUAUGCUGCUACAAGAUGACAAAGUGGAGGAUGGAGAGGUGGACAAGUGGUUUGCCAUAUCUUUGAAUCCAAUUUAAAUCUUCCUAUAUUGAAUGUGUAGUUAAAUCAAAUGUAUUGAAAUGUAAAUAUCUCUGUAGUUUCUGUGCAUUGUACCUCAGGGCCUCUUUAGCCCUCUUCCACUCUGUUAGGCCACACAGCUCAGUGGUACAGGGGUGGUUAGAGAGGGGGAGUUAGACUCAAACCACAACUGUUUAAUGGCCACAGAGGAGUAGUUGCCUCUUUUGGCCUCUCUUAGCUUAGUUCUCUGUUGUGUUUAUUAGUGAUUUGGUUAUUCUUUAAUAAGUUGGCCGUAAA